UUGUGGGUAAAGGCAAAUCCAAGAUGGCGGCGAGCAGGCGACUGCAUAAGGAACUUGAUGAAAUUCGCAAGUCUGGAAUGAAAACUUUCCGCAACAUUCUGGUUGACGAGUCGAACAUUCUGACCUGGCAAGGGCUCAUUGUGCCUGACAACCCUCCCUAUGAUAAAGGUGCAUUCCGGAUUGAGAUCACGUUCCCUGCGGAAUAUCCCUUUAAACCCCCAAAGAUUACGUUCAAAACAAAGAUCUACCACCCAAAUAUUGAUGAGAAGGGUCAGGUGUGCCUGCCAGUCAUAAGUGCAGAGAACUGGAAACCAGCAACCAAAACUGACCAAGUAAUCCAGUCUCUCAUCGCCCUCGUCAACGACCCCCAACCAGAACACCCACUCAGGGCUGACCUAGCAGAAGAAUACUCAAAAGACCGUAAAAAAUUCUUUAAGAACGCAGAAGAGUUUACAAGGAAACACGGCGAGAAGAGGCCAGUGGACUGAUAUUGCAUGGGCACGUUUCUCGUUUCUUCUCUGCCCGCAAAACCGUCUCCCCCAAUCCGAGUCCCCGCCAACCUGCUCUCACGCUGUCACCCAGCAUUCUCUGAGCCCUCAGAGCCCAACAUCCCAGCCGCAUUUCACCUUUGGCAGAAAGACCCCGUGACUUGCCCCGUGGGUGAAGUCAGAAAGACCCAGUGACUUGCCCCGUGGGUGUCGACCGGCUGGUGUAGCGUAAUCAUGGGACACAUGCCAAUGAGAUCUUAAAAAAAUUGUGAGAUUUAUGGGUGGGACAGGGCAGUGGGCGGGGCUAAGAGGUAAAAGUUUGUUCCUUUUAAUUAGUUCUUAAAUUGCACAGAGAUGUGUCCAGUCUGCUGUGCAAUGAAUCGACUGUUUUUAUAGCAGAAUACUACGGUGAACCAGAGUAUAAUGUUAAGUCGUUUCACUUUCACAUGUAUGACAUUGUUAAAAACUUAAAAUCCAAAAGAUCUUUGAACAAAGUCAUAUAAUACAUUAAUGUUCUAAAGGUGUGUGGAAAUUUUCAUUUCUCAUCUUUGUGUUUUUUAUAUAUUUGCUUAGGUUGCACUGUUUUCUGUGGAAUAAGGUUUAAUGUUCCUCAUAUUCUCAGUUUGUAUCUCAUGGAACUUCAGCUUAGUCACUGUCACAAAUAUAAAGUUUAUGAUGUCAUAAAAAAGUAAA